AUGAAGUUUCUAGCCUCUAAACCAGCGAAAGUGCUGUUUCUCAAGUUACUAUUGAGAUAUCAAGGUACGAUUUCUCGGAUUAUUGAUGGGUUUUGGGCUAGCCGGCUAGGUGGUGGAACACUUAAUUCAUUCGAACUUAGAAGCAAUUCAGACCUAAACUCUCCUACCUUUUUUGAUCGCGCCAUUGUGAUGUCAACCUUCCAAAAACGCUUACGAGUUUCUCUCAACAUUACCCAAUACCAAUCAGGCUUCUCCUUCAUCUUAACGCCUAGCGUGGAAUUUAGCAGGAGGAAUUCAGGACGGAAACUUUUGAUCCUGUCAAUAUUCUCCGAGAGCGCCCAUACCCUCUACUAUGGAGUGUACAGGAGUGAUACGAACCCUCAGCUCACGGGAGGAGGUAAAAAAAUUCGAAUUACGGUGCUUCGUCGCGAUAUCUUCGCCGUGACCGAACUUGCUGUAGACAUCUUGUGGACUAUCGAGCGCAUUCCGCGGCUUUCCCAAACACAAUACACGGAAUCUUUAGUCAUGCUCCAGGGACUCAAAGGUGCCUAUGAUACAAGUGUGGUCGAUAAAGAUACCGCAACUGCAAUUCUACUAACAUUCAAGGAGUGCAGUAAAGCGAUCCCGUUGUUACAGACUUUUACUCCAAAACGCUACUGUCGUGCCUCAGGAUUCAUAGAGAACGAGGCAGAGGAAGGCAGUAAAUUCCCUAUACUACAAUUCCGAGAUCAAAAGUGUGACCCAAAAAAACCUGGAAGGAAACGACGAGUAUCUGCGACUGGCUCACGCAGCGGUCGGCCCCUGGCUCCUUUCCUCUCUACGACAAAGCACGGAAGCCCCGUCCCACAGGCUCUAGAAGUAAGCCAUAGCAUCAAAGGCAGAAUACUGGCAUAUUUCUACUUCGUCUUCAAUGAUGUUCGCUCCCAAAACACGACAGGAAUAACCAGGCCUCUCGUUCCGCAGGCUUUUGUCACGGCUAAAUGCCUCCUAAUGACCUGUGGUUCUAGCAAUCACCCCUCUUUGGGCGCAUCACUGGAUAUGUUGCGCCUUAUUGUCAAAGAACCUUCGGACAGUAAUACUUAUCAUUCUAGAUUCGUUGGACGAGGGGAGCCUCCGUAUGCUCAUAACCUCACGAAUGCAGCCGGGUAUCGAGGAAACGUUAGUGAUAUUUAUAGCUCAGGUAACUCCAUUCCAUUAAGAAGUACACGAGUAGACAAGAAUAUCCAGCAGAAAUCGAGAGAGAACUUCUCGCAAAGCUAG